AUGGCCUGUAGAUACCGUAAUGCAACUAUUGAUAAAAAAUUUAGAAUUUACGUUUAUCAGACUAAAACUAAAUUAUACAUAUCCCUCUCUCUCUCUCUUCCUCUCCCUCUCUUACAGACCGUUGGUGUUGAUGAGGCAAGCCUUUUGGAGACCACCGUAUCAUUCAUCAGUUCGUUCUCAAGCUCGACGUCGACAACACCCGACACACAUCGCCGUGGAGGGCGCCAUACAGAUGACAGCCAUGCCGUGGAAGUGUCGUCACAUGAGUCAGAUCAAACUCAGGAUGUGUCUCCUACCGAUGCCAUCUUAGCUGGUUUCCAGGACUGCAUGGAAGAGACGAUCCGUUACUUAGUCGAUGUCGAGGGUUUCUCUCCCGAAGACGAGGUCGUCGUCGGACUCACUGCCCAUCUCUUGCAGAUUCGUGCCAAACUGGACAUUAAUAACGACGCAACGGCAUCGACCCCCUGGUCAUCUGGACGUUCAUCGGACGGACCAACUGAAUGUGAAGCGACGACCAGCACACAAACAUCACCUCAAGAAACCAAUACCCCCUCCCUUGCCCUGUCAACAGAGUCCAUCAAUCCGCCAUCUUUGCCAACUACGAGUAGGACAUUACCUGGUGGGUCUGUAACCCGUGGGUUGCCCCCUGCUCAUUUAAUGACACCAUUGACUGUUGAUACAAAUCAGUACUAUGCCCUGCCGUCUCCGUUGAACCGUACCGCUUUGGCUUGCGCCAUGAAGCCAUCUGAACCUCUUUUAACGGUUGCCUCAACCCGACCCACUCACACCGUUCCGGCUCUGACAUCUGCGGCUAUUUCAUCUGUCAGCGGUCAUCCGCUAACCGCAACUGCACCCGCAGCGUAUUCAAGGCACGCCGCGGUAACAUCGCAACAGCAACCUCCGGUUCAACCGCCACCGCAGUACCAAUCAGUUGUGUCAGCUAAUGGAUGUUUGAUCCCUUGCGUUCCGGCGUCCACCUCUAAUCAAAGACCGUAUGGUUUCAACCUGAACUAUGUUGCACCCUAUGUAGUUGCAUGGGUCAGACCUGUGCAGGAAUAACAGUACAUGUACAUACAUUGUUGGAAAUGAGUGGGACUGUUCUAUCUUGUAAAUGUUACCAAUUACUUUUUAACUCUUGGUGUUAUUGCACACACGUAUUCUUUCCAAAAUGUGUGAAUGCUUUAUGAAAAUAAGGGCCAUCUUCUCAGACCAUUUAAUACUAUUUGCACCUUGAAAGGUUUUGUUUUUCAGUUUUGGGCCAAUUUUCCAACAUUCUAUUUAAAAGUUUGUUUUAAAUGUUGAAUUAUUAUGUUGGAGUUUCAGUAAUCAUGGUAAUCUUUGGAAUUAGAAUAGUGUACAUUUUCAUGAAAACAAAAACUUUGAACACCCAAGAUUGUUUUGAAAAUAUUUUUCACCCCAUCUUAAAUGUGUUUGCAUCACAAAUAGUAAUGUUCAUUGAAUAUACAAUCAUGCAUUACCAAGGCAAACGACCUACAUUAAUAUAACAAUUUCCCCUCAAUAUUUCACUAUCUUAUCAUAUACUGUUUCAUUUUGAAGGUCAAGUCUACCCCAGUAAAGAUGAUUUGAAUGAAAAGAGAUUAUAAUGCUGGACAUUUCAUCAAAAUCGUAUGUAGCCUAAACUAAAAAAGAGUUAUGACAUUAUUAAGAUUCGCUUGAUUUCGCAAACAGUUAUUUGUACUUCCUGUUUAUUAUGCAAAUGAGAGAGCCAUUGUCGUCACCCACUCACUUUUUUUUAAUUAAAUGAAAUAUCACAAUCUUUUCAUCAUUAUGAUGUAAAAAAAAGAAGGUUUGAUCCCCUCUGAACAUGUGGAGUUGCUGCAAACUGUUGCGAUUCAUAAAUAUGCUUUCUUCUUGUCAAGCCUGCAAAACUAGAAAUAUUUGGCAUUUCAAACAGUAAAAUACAAAAAGAAAUAGUGAGUGGCAUCGUCACCUCUUUCAUGUUUUACACUAAACAUAAACGAAACUUUAAAAUGUUAUCAGUUUAAAAUUCUAUAUCCGAUUCUGUUCAAAUUUUCGUCACUUGUAACAGAAUGACUGUCUGUAGAGUGAUGACAGAUGGCGUAAUGUCUCUAGAUGCCUCAGUGCCUCUGACAGACUGGCACCGAUGGCCUAAUUACAAUAAAUGUUCUUAUUGGAACAACAACUUUAUAUUUCAUCUCCAAUUAAUAUGAGUGCCAGUCACUGUAUAAAUGAGCAAAUAGACCGAAACUGGACUACUAUCUUCGCAUUCCGCUACGAUUAAGCACGAAUGUUGAUUUCCUUGUUAAAGUGUUGAAAUAUUUUUGGUUGUCUAUUGGACGGUUUGGUUUACACAAAGCGUGUAAUAAAUAGUUUUGUCAUGUCCUAUCAGUGAAAUUGAUGUCAUACAUGCACGUUUUGCCUUAUACUGGAUGAUUAUUUUGCUGAUCUGUACUCGAAUAUCAAGCAGUUUAUUAAUCGUUAUCAUGUUAAGGUGACAGCUAUACUGUUUAAUUUGAGUGUAUAAGGUAAUUGUAGGCGUUUUCUGUUUUCAUCGGAUAAAAACAAUAAUAUUGAUAAUCGGAAUUUGUGAUUAAAAUGUAAUUAUGAUUUUAAAAAGAACUGAGGCAUGUAAAAAUAUUCACCAUCAUAAUAAUUUACCAAUAAUUAUGAACUAGAGAAAUUUGAUAAUAAUGAGACUUAUGAAGCCUCUGCAUGCUGUUUUCACAAACACUCCAGACGUUUUUUUUUUAUUCAUUUGUUUGUUCUCUUGAUUGCAACUGAUAACGUAUACCUUAAUGUAUUCAAAUUUCUGAUGACUUGAGAGAAAAGACGUAUAAAGAAGGUUGAAUUGGUGAACUUUCAAAUAAAAUUUCCCAAUACCCCUCCUUCCUUAAACUUUUUUUUUAAAUUACUAAUUGCAAAUCGAAAAGGAAUGAAGAACCUGAACAUAAUUAUUUGUAAUUGAGUUACGAUGUUGUUCAUUUGCUUUUCAAUUAUUUGAUUAUCUCUUGUUAUUUUUUUUCCAGAUAUCAUGCAGCAUUAUCCCCACAACAUUCCCCCCCCCCCUCUCUCUGUCAUUCUUUCUCCUUUUCUCUUUGAAUUCUAAACCGAAUCUAUUGAUUUUAUGACAAUCGAAAUCAUUCUGCCUUCGCUGUUGUCAUGUAAUAAAACAUUCCAUUUCAUACAUGUAUAUUAUAUGCGUUCAACAUGACAAUGAAUGUAUUGGUUGUGGGGGUUGUUUUUGUCUUGUAUUAUUUUGUACAUGAUGAACAUGUAAAUAUGUAAAAGGACCUUAUUAAAAAAAGAUCAUUCGCAAACAAAUUA